AUGAAGCGCUUACGCGAGCCUGAAGAAGAGAUUCAUGCAGACUGUUCUGCUCAGUCAAGUGCGGACGAAAAUGGCAGCAACACUGCCUCAUCGACGGCAGAAGUCCGUGUAUCAAAAAUCGCAGAACUGGAUGACUUUGCAGCCGAUGAGUCACCAGCGGUCACUGCCAUGAGCUGCCUGCUCCCAGGACAUCGCGAGCCGCUCUCCUUCAAAACUUAUGCCGAGUAUGAGGCGCAUUACAUCAAGGCGCACACUAAUCGCUGCAGCGAGUGCCGUAGAAAUUUCCCGUCAGACCAUCUGCUCAAUGUUCACAUUGAGGAAUGCCACGACGCAUUCGCUGCUGUUUUGCGGGAAAAGGGUGAACAUACCGUAAGUUUUGACCCGAUGCCCUCGCAAUUCUGGUACGCCUGCCUUACUAAUAUUCUGGUAUUGCAGUACUCAUGUUUUGUGGAAGGGUGUGAUCGAAAAUGUGGUACACCGCAAAAGCGACGAAUGCAUCUAAUAGACAAGCACAUGUACCCAAAGAACUUCUUCUUUGCCGUGUCAAAGGAGGGCAUUGAUGGAAGAAGCUCAUUGCUGUUGGAGGGGGGUCACCGUGGUUGCGAGUCAUCUGCUUCUAUUGGCCACACGACAACAAAAGAAUCUGUAUCCGGGAGACAAGGCACACGACAAAUUGAGGCGUCACAAGCCCGCUCACAUAUUCAUAGUACUGUGACUGGGCAUAAUCCCAGAGGGGCAGCGGACACGAGUGCGACGCAAGCAAAUGACGAGAAUGCUGAUACCGCCAUGGCCGAACUGUCUAGUGUCAUGUCCACUUUGCAGUUUGUGCCAAACAGUGUGCGGUUUGGGCGAGGAAAGGGUAGGACGGGGUUCUCAAGAAGGUAG